CACAACUCGUCCGGCCCACUCCUCCCAAGUCGACCCCGGCUCUCCGCCCCACUCCUCGCUCUUCGCUGUCGAUCGCCGCCGCCGCCGACGCCGCGGCUCUCGCCCGUGCUCCCCGGGCCGCAAAUACCUGCCGUCGCGUUCAGUCGUUCACUAGGUCUCAAACCUCCUUGCCCGCUUGUCAGAUCUCUGGUGAUUUCUUCUUCCCCCCUCAUCAGGUCUCCUCGUUGGUUAUCGGAAAGGAUCAGGUGGGCCUGCGCCGCCGGCGAAUUGCUGGUCCUGGGCAGGAUGGAUAGGCUAGUGCAGUUCGGGAGGAAGGCAUGGUUCGUGGUGCGGGUUCUGUCCGGAUACGAGGAGAGGAGGAUCCGAUCUUACAGGCUGCAGCUACACAAGCGGCUCGAGAUGGCUCAGGCUAGGAAGGAAGAGGUGCGGAAACAGCCAGAGCAAAUUAUUCUAUCAGAGGUUCGACAAGUGGUUCAGCAGAUGCAAACUCUCAAUCAGCACCUAGAAGAAGCUGAGACUGCCAUAGAUGAAUAUUUCAAACCGAUUGACAAGAAUGCUCAGAUCAUAACGGACAUGCAAAUGGAGAAAGAAGAGAAGCAAAUGAAGGAGAUGGCAAAAGUAAUGCAAGAGCAAAUAAAAAUGCAAAGAGAAAUUGCGAUGAGGAGAGCAGAGGCCGCUGCUGUAGAGCCUAUCGACACCCAAGCGAGUGAAGCAACGGUUGAAAAUCCUCCAAAACAAGAAACCGUUAAAUAGACACUGUCCGUUGUCACUCCUUUUGGUAAGCAAGUUAUUAUGUGUGUGUACUCCUUACAUAGCUUUUGCUGGGCUAGGUAAUAAGCACGGUUGUAGGUCAACACAAUCGCCUAUUUUGUACCUAUGAAGGGCCGUUCUUUCCCCUGGCAGAGUGCUUAAAUCAUGGAAGCUCUGUGCGAUGUGAUUUAGCCUGAGUUUGGAAUCCGCGGUGCCAAAACUGGAGUUUUGGUAUCAGCCUUUUUAUUGCAGGGAAAGGUAUCGGCCCAUUUUACUCUCUGCACAUUGCUAACUCUUGCGACAUAUCCUGAUCUUGUACAUGAAAGUAUUGCGUUUGUUUCUGGAAAUAGAACAGGGUUAUGUA